AGAAAUGAUGGAUUUACUACUUAGAUAAAGCUUAGAAAGUCAUCAAUUGACCGGUUUUAUAGCACAUUUUAUAAGUCUUCAUUGUUCUGGAAUAUACGGUUUUAAGAUCCCAGAUGCAUUUUCAGCGUCCAAAGGAAUCAAAUUCUUCAAGAACAGUAAAGAAACUUUCGAGGCGAUAUAUAGGUAAAUAUAUAGAAAGUAAUUGAGGUGUACUGCGAUCUAUGGUCUGUGGUGCUCUCUCCUAUAAAAUAGGAUAUCUUGAGGCGAUACUGACCGUUCCAUCCAUUAUUGAACACUCUUUUAACUCACAUGGCAUUGCCUGUCCACAUUUUCGAGAAAAGAUCAGCUAAAGAUCUCGAAUCAGUAAAAGGCAGAUUGGCUUCCCUCGAGAGUUUUCUAAAAAUCAGUGUAUGCAAAUCUUGAAGUUUUCCAUAACUGGAAACUGGGUCAUUCAAAAUUUUUUAUCCUCAAAUAUCUUUCGUUCAGCUCUUCUCUCUUCUAUUUCCUAAAACUGAAAUGAAGCAAAUAUAUUAUAUCGAACCAAGAAAGCAAUAAAGCAGUAGCAAGAGCUUUUCAGAAAGAAUUUUUAUAGAAAUAGCAUAUAUUCUAACCACAAAAGCACGCAGCAUACGAACUUACAUUCCAACAACAACAAUUUUCAUAAGUAUUUUUUUCAAAAUUUUCGAAAAAAACUCAAAAUUUCACUCCAAACUGAAUCAGACAACACAUAAAUAGAGAUUAGAAGCAAAACCCGAAUCGGUGAUUUAAAAUUUAAAACAUGCAUACCUCAAUACGCAUACAAAUUAUUUAAUAUUAUUGUCAAGAAGUUGAUCUACGUUUUUUGGAAAUGGCUGUGCUAUUACAUAUUUAUUUAACUCAUAUUUUUAUUGCAACUCGAAUUCGUAAGCAAAUUUAAAAUUUCACAAAAUAUGUUUACUUGCAAAAAGCAACAAAAGAAAAUGCUCGCUUAAGCAAAAACAAAAUGUAUUGGAAAAAGCUUAAAAAAAGUUUAUUUGAAAACUAGAAAAAAAAUGGAAAAAGAGUGCGGCAGUGUGCCCAGCCUAAACGCAGCAAACAAAAUGCAGAAAAAUAAACAAAAAUCAGAAAAAUAAACAAAAACAGAAAAAGAAAAAGAAAAGUAAACAAAAUGCAGAUUAUUAAAAAUAGCAACAAUAGAGUUUAUGGAGAAAAUAUAUUAUUUUUAAAGGAAAGUGGAAAAACUUCUUGAAAAUAUUAAUGCAAAACAAAAUUUUGAAAAAUUUAGCAAAAAUCAUACUUUUAUUUGCCGAAAAUUUUAAGCAAAAAAAAUCAAAACACAGGCAAUUUCAAUGCAUUGCUCAUCACAAAACGCAAUGUGAGCGCAAAUAUUUGGUUAAAUUUGAAAACAAGAAAACAAAAUUUACAAAAAUGACAGCAAAAACAACACUUGUUAUCGAAAUUACACGCUAAACUGAGAGAGAGGCAGGUAAAAGGACAAAAUGUUUUUUAUCAAAAUUAUAACAUGAAAAAAUUUUGCACACAUUUUUUACGCUACUAAAAAAUUUAUUUUUAAAUUUUAUUUGGUAAAAAUCGAACAAAGGAACCGUUAUUUAAUACAUUUACAUUUAGGUUAUUCCAAAUUGAAAUUUAUCAAAACCAUUGGCUGUAAAACUUAUCUAAACACUUGACAGUAUUUAAGUAGCACGAACGGAACUUAUGACGAACCGAAUGGCUGGCAAGCAAUAGAAAACGAGAGACCAGAAAGACAAAGCAUUACAAAACUGACACUUGCAUACUUUUUUACGAAAACGAAACGAAAACUAAUUUACACACAAAACGACAGUUUUUUGACGAAAACGAAAAUUAUUUUUACCAAACGCUCUACACACAAAACGCUCUUUUUCACAUUCUUGAUACUGAAUUUGGCCAGAUAAUUUGAGAACAUAAACAAAAAGGUUUUCGAAAACAGCAAAAACAUUUGCAAAUGCUAAAUUAUUUUUUCCAUUAUUGUUGUUGUAAUUUAGUAUUAAUUCAAACUUAUACGCAUAUAACGCAAAAAAGAGCCGAAAUUGUCGUUAAGAAAAAAUUACUAGCGUGUGUGCACUAAACGGUCGAAACGGUACAAGCGAACGGUCGAAUCGGUACAUUUUUGUUUGCGCGCAUAAAUUUAACGUUUAAGCUUGAAAUACGCCACUACCGCCAUUUUUUUCAUUUGACUCAACUAUUUUAAAUAUAAAUGGAAAUAUUUCUAAUUAUAAUGGUUAUAAGCUAAAUAUCAAAAAAAAACCACAAAAAGCAAAAAAAAAACAUAAAUGAAAAUGUGACUUUUCGAACAACGCCCAAACAAAAAUCGAAAUUCAACUUCUUGCAAAAACAAAAAUAUAAAUAAAUAAAGCAAAAUAUAUAUGAAUAUAUAUAUAUAUAUAUACAAAAAAAGAGAGUAGUAAAGCAAUAUUGAGAGUUUUUUUUGAAAUAAAAUUUUAAAUUUUAGUAAAGCGUUUUAUUAUUAUUAUUUUGUUACUUUAACGCUAAAACUAAAAAGGAAAUAAAAUUAAAAAAAAAAAAUUAAAAAAAAAAUUAAAAAAAAAAUAUUAGCGAAAUUCAUUUUUGGCACGAACACACACAUGCCGCUUAUAAGGACUUGUGGCAGCUAAAUGCGAAAAUAGAGAGAAAAUGAGAAAAAGUGUUGAAAAGAGAGAUUUGAAAUUGCCGCAAAGCGUCGCAGAGAAAACGCUGCAAGUGCCCAGCGUGCUGCAAAGCCGACGCUGAAAAGCCCCUCUUGUUUUUCGGCAACACAAACAUAUUUAUAGAAUAAUAAUUACAAAAAAUUACAAAAAAAAGUAUUUUAAAACUGCAGCUAACCAACAAUUUUCAGUAGAUUUGUUUUGAAAAACGUAUAUUUUUGAGAGUAUUUUAGUGCGUCAUAAAGCAUAAUUUAUAAAUUUGAUUUUUUGUACUUUUGACAAAUUCGUUAUGUCCAAAAUAGUUGAUAAAAACAACAAAAACAAAUUUAAAUAUUAUUGAAAAUUUUCCAUCUACUCCUUUUCCUCUUUGAGUUCUCAUUCUCAUUUGAUUCAUUUGAGUUUUCAAUAACGUUGCUUUUAAUUUGCCAUUUUGAAUUUAGAAAGUGUGGCAGCACCGCACUUCUUUUCAUACUUACUAGAGGCAGUAUCUACUUUUUAACAUACAUUUUUAUAUUAUUUUUUUGUAUGAAAUUUCACUUUUACAAAUUUGUUUCUACUCACUUUGAUUUUGAAAUUUUGAAAUUACUUGCAACAAGCGCAAAAUGCAAAAACUAGACAGAAAAAGUAAUGCCACUGAAGUGUUUUUAACUCUAUAUAUAUUUUCUCAAGGACAAAGAAAACGAAGAAAGGCAAACGCAUACUAUUUAUAUUUUUUUUUACAUAAUUUUUUUUUUUAUAAAAUUUUAAUACAAGCGUUGAGUUUUUUUGUAAUUCAAUUCAAUUCAAUUCAAAAACAAUUCAAUUGAAACCGAACAAAGCGAAAACGUAAUGUAGACAAAAGAAAAGCAAAACCACAAAGUCAAACAAAAGCAAAAGAAAAAGUCAAACAAGUAAAAAAAAAAACAAAAACAAAAUGUAAAUGCAAAGUAACGCCAAAGCGUAGUACGAAAGAAGUUGAUGUUGGAUUUUUGUUUGGUGUUGUUCCAGGAAACGUCCGAUUCGCCGCACGUUGUCUCGGUUAGCGCUGGCGGUGGCGGUGGCGGUGGUGGCAAUGUCGCAUGUUCCACAUCGGCUGCUGCCGCUGCCGCAGCGAUUGCUGCGUCGGCCGCCUCCACCUCACACAGUCUCGAUCAAUCGCAAACACCGCCGCCCCUCUAUCAGUGCAUAUAUUGCGGCCACACAUUCCAGCACCAAAGCAAGCUAACGCGACACAUACUCUCGCAUUCGCUAAAAACGCUGGAGUAUCGCGAGACCGCACAGCAUCCGCUCUUGCAUUCGCAGUUGCUGUCGCACGACCUCAAUUUGGCGCAGUUGCCACAUUUUACCACGUACCAAAUGAAUGCCGCCGCAUUGGCGGCCAGCGGCGCCGAUGCUCAGGAACAACAAGCAGCUGCCGCAGUCAUGGCUGCCGCUAUGGAGUUGGCGGCCACAUGCGGUAGUGUUGGUGCGCGUGGCGCACUCGAUCUCGACGGCAGUGGUGGUCGACUGGGCCACGGCGGUGGUGUUGGUGGCGGCGGUUCGGCUACGGAUAAUUGCGGCAUUGGUGGCACGUCAGCGGGUAGUGGCGGUAUGGUAUUGAGCGGCGCUGGUUCGUCGUCUUCGUCGACAUCGGCAGCGGCGGCGGCAGCGGCCGCAGCUGCGUUGGCUGCAACGUCGUCGUCAUCGGGCUCGUUGCUGGGCGCCUCAUCGAGUGGCGCCGAUCCGAAUGGCGUUGUGCUGUGCAAAUUUUGUGGCAAAAGUUUUCCCGAUGUCCACGUGCUGAUCGGGCAUCUGCCGGUGCAUACGGGCGAGCGACCGUUUAAAUGUGAAUACUGUGGCAAGGCGUUCAAGCUGCGCCAUCAUAUGAAAGACCAUUGUCGCGUCCACACGGGUGAACGUCCCUUCCGUUGUCACAUGUGCGGGAAGACCUUCUCACGCUCAACCAUACUCAAGGCGCACGAGAAAACCCAUUUUCCCAAGUAUGUGCGCAAAUUUCUCUCACCAAGCCCUGUCGACACAAAGGAUGAACUACCACAAUAGUGAAGCGACUUUAGCUUGCUACUAAACUACUACUAUUAUUAUUACUACUACAACUACAACAUACAGGAUAAUAAUAAUUAUAAUUACUACAACUGACGAUGAGCGAUCGUGAUCUAUACAUAGUUAGCGGUGACCGAGCGGUGAGCGAGGUCCGCUUGUAAGAUCAUGAUCAAGACACCACGAAACAGGUAGGAGGAGGAGUUGUUGCAGCAGAUGAUGCAGCUGAAGCAGUGCCGACUUUGCUGAAAUACAAACAAACAAAUAAACAUACAUAUAAAGUAAUCGAUGACAAACCUCGACGACAAAGAAUUUCGUGGCUGAGCGCCGAGAGUGCUGCCACUUAAUAAUUUAUUUAAAAAAUACAAAAAGUAAAAGAAAGAAAAACACUAGUAAAACUAAAAGUCUGCCUGAGCAUACAAACAGCAGCAAUUAUAUACUUAUCUUAUACAUAUUUGUAACGUAAAUACAGACAUAUAUACAAGAGAAUUAGUGGUAGUAACAAAAAAGAGAGAGAGAGAGUGUAUGUGAAAAAGAGACACAUAUAUUAUGAUACAUACGAAAGAGACAAGCUGAGAAGCAGCACAUAUGCAUGCACACAAACACACUUACCGUUAUAUACAUAUACCGUUAUUUGAGAGGGCGUGUAAGUGAUGCAAAUGACGAAAGCUAAAGUUAAAGUAAAUAAGUAAAAAUUGUCAUUAUAUACAUACAUACAAGUAUAUACAUAAACCCCAUAUAUAUAAAUAUAUAUAUAUACAUGCAUAUAUAUAUUUAAAAUAGUUGUAAAAAUUAAUCAUAAUUAACGCAAGCGACAAGUGAAAGCGAAUAGUGAGUGCAGUGUAGAAAUUUUAGGUUAGGAGCGAAGCUAAAAACAAACGCUAAGCGUAAAUGCAAAAUUUUAAUUGCAUUUUUUUUACAAAUAGGAUUUGUGUACAGAGUGUGUUGAGCAGGCGAGUUAUAUGACACUAAGAAAAUAGCGUUAGUGAGUAAAGCGGUAGGCAUGAGUGCGCAAUACGCAAAAGAGAACUCAUGCGUAACAAAGCGAGCGAAGCAAUAACGUUUGUUGCAAAAAAGAGAGCAAGCAGUUGCGCUCAAUGAAAAAUAUACACAUCCAUACUAACAAUAUGCGUGUGUGAGUAUAUGAAAUAGUGAGUCCUAAAUGCUACAAAUGUAGGAGAGUAGCAAAUGUAAUAGAGAGAGAGAGAGCGCCGUAGCUUAUACAACUGCGCUUUUACAGACAGACAUACACACGUUAUACAAGUCAUAUUCUUUUUUUUUCUAAUUAGUAACCUAUUUUAUUAAACUACAUUUGUAUGUGUACUUUAAAAUUUAAGUAAAAGCAAGUAGUUCUAAGAGAGUUAAAGUGUAAGAAGGAUAAUGAAAGAAAGAGAAGAAGGGAGGUAGCUUUGCGUUUAGAAAGAACAAAACGAGUAUAAGAAGGUUGCGGUUAAAGAGAGAAAGAUACGAAGAGAGAAAGAGACGAAGAGAGGUAGUUUACGAAUACAGAGAGAAAGCGAUGAAGAUAAGUAGGUGGCGAAUAUGGAGGGAAAGAGACGAAGAAAGGUAGCUUGCGAAUAUAGACAGAAAGAGACGCAUAUAAGGCGGUUAUGGAUAGAGAGAGUGAGAGAGACGCAGUUAGAGCGCGUGUCAAGCCAGAGCGAGAGAGCAAUGUGUAAGCUGAGCUUUCAAAAUAUUACAAAGCAGACCUAACUUGGCUAACAGAACCCAAAUUUAGGCCGAACAGGAAAUAGGAUGAGUAAUUUUCAAGCUAGGUUUUUUUCAUGUUACUUAUGCUUUCAUUGUACAGUUAAAUAAUGUGUAUUAUAUGGUUUUUGUUACAUAAUAUAACCUAAAAAUAUAUAUACAUACAGACACAGGUAUAUGUAUGUAUGUAGAUAAUAUUAAUUUUUUCACAAUUAACCGUUAGCUGCAGCGCAUAACCCAGCGUUUGCAAGAUCUCAUGUGAUCCGUUUUUUUUUAUAUACAUACAUAUGUAAAACAAACAUAUAUACAUACAUACAUAGCAGUGCCCUCACCUUUGUUGGUGAGUGAGUUGAACAUAUAACCCCCCUUCAAUAAAUAUGUGCUUACAUAUGCAUGUACAGUUAUGUUUGAAAACCAACCCAAAUAAUUAUCGUUUACAAUAUCGCUAAUAUAUAUAUAUACAGUUACAUAGUACAUAUGUAUAUAGCAGCACAGCGACACAAAUAACAGUAAAUAUUAGCAAUUAAAGCGAUUCUUCAACAAAGUCAUGGUUGUUUAUGCGCAUGCGCGCAGUUUAUUUUCAAUUUCCGAACUUGCUUGGAAACAAGACUUGGGUUUGACAGCGCUAGGUUCUCAAUAGGAAUUGCAAUUACCGUUUUUGUUAGAUGUUUCCAAACCGGUUUUCUUUUAAAACAGUUAUAGUCAAUAUUUAUGUGCAUAAUAUAUAUACAUACAUAUAUACAGUUUUAUAAAAUACAUAGUUACGAAAUAUACAUAGAAAAUGUAAUAAAUGGCAUUGCAAAAAUAAACUUACAGUACGAUAGACUUUUUUACAACAACAUAGUUGAGCAAUAUGAGCUUUUUACAACAAACAAUAACACAACAAUUACAGUUACAAUAGAAUAAACAAUUGGUGCUAAUAAACUACAAACUUAUAUAGAAUGAAACAUGUAACGUCAAUACAAAAGUACACACACACAUACAUACAUAUUUUGCAAAGAAUAACAGAAAGUUACAUAUUACUAAUAAUUGCCUACAAAAACAAAUACUUUAAUACAAAAAAAUUUAUAUUGAAAGCUCUUGUCAAAUAUUUUCCAUAAAUAGAGUCAAUAAUUCUUACUACAGUGCACAUACUUGUAUAUACAAUUUGAUUUGCUAUAUAAUAUUGUAGUUAUGUACUGUAGAAGAUAUGUAUAUAUUUCAGUUUUGAAAGCUGAAACCACAUUUCGAAAAUUAGUUCUCAACGAAAAGCUUGCCUUUAAAAGUUUCUUAUAUAUAAAACUAGCACGAAAGCUCUAUACUGUACAUUCUUCACAAAGCUCUAUACGAAAGCUCUAUAUUCCACAUACAUCUCAAAGUGAAGCUUUAGUUACAUAUUCAUGAAAAUCUCCAAAAUCAAAAAGUAAUAAACAAAUUCAAUUAGUAAAAUGCUUAAAUUUCGAUAAAAAAAAUAUCAAUCUUUGGAAGCUUUCAAACAACUGAUUUGAUAAACAGCUUUUUAGCCAAAAAUUUGUUUACAUGUUUUUCUUCCUUUCAGUUUUUCACAUUUGAUUAGACUUGAUAUUUUUUGUGUUUGAAUAAAUUCCUAAAAAGCUCUCAUUCGUAGUUUCUAUUCUUUUUAUAUAGAAUUCACAAAAUAGUUUCUCGUAAUCAUUUGAAAGUUUUAAAAACUAGUCCUUAAUUUCGAAAAUUGCGGGUAAAGCUCUUUUAUAAGCUCACAACUUUUCAAAAUUUUUGUAUACAAUCUUUUUCGCUGAAGUUACUUCCUAAACUUUCGCGAGCUUUCGUUUGAACCUUCAUUAUGGUGGAUUUUGAAAGCUUUACAUUAUAAUUUUUUUCAGCAAAAUUCACUUGCCAAAUUUCUGAAGCUUCCAAAAUGUUUUUCAUUAAAACCGUUUUUUAAACUUUCAUCAGUUUUCGUUUGAACUUUAAUUGUGGUGAAUUUCGCAAGCUUUCUGGAGAAGCUUCCAAAAUAUUUUUCACUGUAGCCGCUUUUUAACUUUCGUGAGCUUUCAUUUGAACUUCAAUUAUGCUAAAUCUCGCAAGCUUUCAAGUUUAUAAGAACUUUUUUAUUAGUACUUUAUAACUCGGAACAUCCUUUUUCAGAAUUUGUUCAAGCAAAUUUUAUUGCUAAUACUUGAGAAGCUUUUCAGAAAUGCUUGCGGGUAGCCAUUUUUUGAAAUUUCAUUACUAUGAAUUUUGCAAGCUUUUUAAAUUUAUAAGAGCCUUUGUAUGAGUACUAUAUUAUUUCCAAAGUAAUUUUUCACUGCAUUAUAUAAUCUUUCAUGAGCUUUCGUUUGAAUUUGCAUUGCGGUUAGUUUCGCAAGAUUAGAGUUUAAAAAAACUAAUAGAAAGAAACUUCCGAAAAUUUGUUUCAGCCAAAUUUUGUUGAUAAAACUUUCAACGAGCUUUGAACUUUCGUUUCGGCGAAUUUCGUAAGCUUUCAGACUUAAAGAGCCUCUAUAUGGGAACUUAAUUAUUCCCAAAAUUUUCUAUAAAAAUUUUUUCAGCCAAAUUUUGUUGAGCUCAAUGAGCUUUCAAAGUUAUAAGAGCUUUUGUAUGAGAACAUGACUAUUCAAAAAAUAUACAUAUUGAAAUUAAAAAAAAAGCUUCAUAAAUUUGUAAAACUUUCAAAAUAUGAAUUUUAAGAGCUUUUUAUAUAGUGAACAGAAACAAAAACAAACAUUUGUGUGAAGACUUCAAAAUCUUUUGUAAUGACUGAGAACUUUCAAUAUAACUAAUAAAUAGCCUAGUGAGCUUUAAGCUCCGCGAGUUUCGGUUACACAUUACAAAUUAUGAAAUAUCUUAUAGUUCAGCCAGACAGAAUUGUGUAGUUUUUAUAUAAAGCUUUCAUAAAAGCUCUUCAAUAGCUUUUUUAUUUCCCAACAAUGACUUUACUUUAACGAAAGUACGAAAACUCACACAUGCAACCCGAUGAACAGGCAUGUGCAUAUACAACACAAACGCAUACAAACAUAACCCCAAAGAAAAUAAAGAAAAAAACAAUAACAACACUAAAGGACUCAAAAUAAAAGCAUUAAAGAAAACAUUUCAAUAAAAGCAAAAAAUAGUGAGGAGCGAUAAAAAAUAUAUAUAAAUGUAGUUUGUGAGAGGAAAGUGUAGAUAAGUAUUUCGAAAAGGACUGUGGAGAGUUUUAAGGCAAAAUAGUGGUAAAAAAAAAAACACUUAAAAGUACACAAAAAUUUCUAUAAGGCUUAAUAAAUUACGUAGAAGAGGCGACAUAGCGUAGCAGAGAAAAGACACUGAGCAAAAUGAGGAACAGCAAGCGAGCGAUAAAAUAAGAAACUUCAAUUAGUUGGCGUUAAAGAGGCAGAGCAGACCAAGACCGAAGAGAGCGAGAGCGAAAGCGAUAAAAAGUAAACAGAAAAUUUAUUGCAUAGAGAAUAUCUGUGAUCUUAACGAUAUUUAUAAAAUACACACAUAAAAGAUAAAUAAAACAAUUAAAAAGCAUAUAUAACAAAUCAAUGAAAAUGAACACAACAACACAAAAAAUAUAUAAAAGUAAACCAAAAUAAAACACUGAAAAUAUUUUAAGCAUAAAAAUAAGAAAACGGCGAAACAAUUUCAGCAUAAUACAGUUAAAGAGGCAAGAAAAUGAAAAAAAUAAAUAAUAAAAAAAUAUGCAAAUAGCGUAGAAGCGUACACACACAUACAUACAGACAUGUGAGUAAUAUUAUAGAGCGCAGCGUGUCAGAAAUGAAAAGCAAAAGGCAAAAGCGCGCAUGCGCAAAGUUCUAUAAAAUGUUACGCUUUGUUUUUGUAUGUAGAGCACGCUCGUAGCAAGCGUUUAUAGUUUCAUUUUCAUAUUUUAAGGCGAAAGAUCACAACAGGCCACAUAAACAGUACUUGCGGACAGGCAUAAUUAGCUUUAUAUACAUAUAUUUCGGCUUAUAUGUAUAUACUAUAGACAUAUAUAUAUAUUAAAAAUUAAAUAUAUAACUUAAUACCCACUCACACACACACACACACGCAGAUAAACACACUUAUACUUGCACACAUGCACAGUUAUUUUAUUUAGAAAGCUUUCGGCUAACAGUUAUGCAUAGAAAAAAACAAAAACAACAAUAUAUAUUGUAAUAUUAAAAAUAAAAGUGUAAAAUAAAAUACUUUUUCGGCACUUUGGCAUAUAUUUAAGUUGGAAACCAUAAUACUUUAUGUUUAUUCUUUUUAUAUUUUGUGUAAUAUAAACAAAAACAAAACACAUUACUUCUACUUUCUCUGUAUGCAAAUAUAUACAUACAUAAACAACUGCAUAUAUAGGUCUAUAUAACCGUUAUGUAUGUAUACAUUUUCUCUUUUUUUCUUAAUAUAAUUUCGGUUUCUUUUGAAUUUACGUCUACAAAAGCGUGUAAAAUUAAUAAAAUUAACAAAUUAUCUAAAGUUUAUAUAACAACAAAAAAAUAUUUAUACAUACAUACAUACAUACAUAUGUACUUUUAUGUAAAGCAUACUCUAUAAGGUAGUGAGACAAAAAGUUAACACAAACAGACAUAUUUAAAGCAAAACAAAAAAAAUUACAAAAAAAAAACAAAAACAAAAUUAUACAUUGUAAAAAAAAUUGUAUAAGUGCAUACAAAAUUUCUAUUUAGGUAAAGCAAAAACAAAAAAAAAUACGAAAAACUUUAGAAAUAGCAAGCAUGAAAAAGUUUAGCAAGAAAAGUUUAGGAAAAAACACUUUUAGGCAAAAACAAAAAAAACAGAAAAAAAAUUUCGGUAAUGAAAAUAUAUACACACAUACUAACUUAAGAAUACAGAUGCAUAUAUAAGUCUUGCACAAUACAUGCAUACAUACAUAUGUACACAGGCCCCCGCUGACGUUAUAGUAACCCCUGCUAAGAGCAACCGCUAAGGAAAAGCAACAACAACUUUUGACUUGCUUAUAUGAUAUGAAAAUUAUUAAUAUUUUUUUUAUGGAAAUAUGUAAUUUUGUAUUGAGGGCUUAAAAUUUCUAGUGUAGGAGAAAUUAUUCAUCAAAAUUUUAUGGAAGAAUUCAAAAAAUUUUGUUUAAUUUUUGCUUUUCGCUUAUGUUGCAAAUUUUUUAAGAAGACCACGGCUUCAUUGCAUAUAUUUGGGCGCUCAGCUCAAAGCUUUAACUUUCACGUGAUAUUCUACUACAAAACUUUCGCCAGCUAAAAGCUUUCAUAGUUUACAUUUUCAAAAAUAAGCUUUAAAGCUUUUAUUAAACUUUUUCGGUAUUCAUUUCCUUACUUUUUCAAAUUUAAAAGCUCGCAGUAUAGUACCUUCCGAUUUUCAUAACAAAACUCUACUUUUAUACAAUACAUUGAAUGUAAAAGCUCGACAUAUACUUUCUGAUUUUCAAAACUUAAUUCUACUUUUUUGAACUUAAUAUUUUAAAAAUUCCCAAAAAAUUUUUUCUGGGUGUAUUCGGAAAAUUUUAAAUAGAUUUGUCGUUUUCAAGAGCUUUUGACAAGCCGUGAGUUUCAAUUUUUAAUUUCCAAGAGCUUCUCAAACGUAGUAAGAGUUUUUUUUAAAAUACUCUUUAAAACAUUUUCGUAACACUAUUAAAUGUGAAAAAUCUUAAAAGCAUUUUUUAAGCUUAAUUCUUACAAGAUUUUCUUUCCGGAGCUUUUAUUAAUAACUUAUAAAUAAUUUUUUACUCGUUUGCAUGCAAGUACUCUUUGGCUUGCCAAAAAAGCUAUAUACAUUUUUUAAUUUUUCGAAGCUUUUUAGAAAAGCUUCCUUCUACUUAAAUUUUUUUUUUAGAUUUUCCUUCCGGAGCUUUUUUUAAUAAUAAAAAUACUAAUUUUAACUCGCAUGUAUGCGAGUACCGUUUGCUUGUCAAGAAAGCUAAAUACAUUUUAAUUAAUUAAUUUUUCAAAGCUUUAUAGAAAAGCUUCCUUCUUUUUAAUCUCAGAGGUCAAAUUUCGUUCAUAAAAUUUAUGAACUGAUGACUUUCGACGCUUUUAAAAGGCUGCAAAACGAGUUCUACAUUUAGCUUAAAGUUGAGCUUUCACAAAAGCUUUCACCAAACAAGUUUUCAUAUACUUCAACCAAUAAAACAACUUUGUUGUGUGAAUAUUUACAGCAAAGUUAUCUGAGUAAAGGCACUUUCCUUUUAAUAAGCAGAGAGACAGUUUUACUUGAAGCUUAGAGUGGCGCUUUCACAAAAGCUUUCACCAAACAAACUUUUAUGUACUAUAAUCAAUAAAAUUACUUUCUUGCGUGAAUGUUUAAUGAACUGCGAGACGAGCUCUUCAUAAAGCUUAAGGUUGUGCUUUCACAAAAGCUUUCCCCAAACAAGCUUUCAUGUACUGAAAGCGUUAAACUCACUUAUUUUGCCUGAAUAUAUGCAAUAAAGCUGUUGGAAUAAGGGAAAACCCUGAUAUGUUGUCUUCUUGAAAGUUUGGGGUUAAAAAUAAAUUUUAUUUUUUAUUAACUUUAUUUUGAAAUUACGUUGCCAUUUUUCGCCCUGCCCCGAAAUGCCAAAUUAUAAACUGCUGCUUUUUUAUUUCUCAUAAAAUAUUUUUCCAAUAUAUUGUAUAAUAAUUUUUCUACUAUACAUAUAUUUUUUCUCUAAUUUCGCUGGCGCGCAUAACAGUUAAGACAGAUGCUGGUUCACUGGCGUUGAAUAGCUAAGGUAUAAACAAAUAAAAUGUGUUAAAAAAGAUCUCAAAAUUAUUAUCGUAUUAAAUAAUGAUGAAAUGGUGAAACGCGUAUGUGUAAGGUAAUAAAGAAAAAACAAAAAUAAUAAUAAAAGUAAACAAAAACAAUUUGAAAAAAAUUGUUAUAAAAAGGAAUUAAGUUAAACCAUUCAGCGCCACUGCUGCAGCAUCGCAAACAAAAACGAACAUAACCUCAAAUUUUAUCACAGAGACGACAUUGAUUGUUCAAAAAACUACUUUUGAACGCACUGCACUUUUUUUAAAUUUUUUUAUGAAUAUUGCGCCACUAGAGUCUCGUUAAAUUUAAGCUUACCUAACUAUAUACACGGAAGUAAAACAAACCUUAGGCAAAAUUCAAAAUUCUAAAUUCAAAAAUGAAGAAGAAGAACUAUAUAUUAGUAAUAUAAAAAAACCAAAAUUACAUAAAAAUCAAGUAAACACGCGUGAAACCCCCUUUCGGCAACAACUUUUGGAUAAACAAUUUGGCUGUGAUAGUGUUAAAAAAAAGUACAUUCAUGAGAAAUAAAAUUGAAUGUGUGUAAAAAAAAUACAUUUUAGCGUAAUUAGAAUUAUUAUAAUUUCUCUCUCAUUUUAUAAACUAUACAAAUAUAUUAUAAUUUUUCCAAAUUUUUAGGCAGUAUUAAAUUUAUGAUAAAUAUUUAAAAAAAUAAUAAUAAUAAUAAUUAAAGAGAAAAGCGAAAAUGUGAUGUUAAAAAUUUUUUAAUUCGAAAUUAUUGCGAUAACAUGUAGACUUAAAGCAACAACAAAAUCAACCAAUGCACAAAACCCAACACACUGAUAAAAAAAUAAAGAAAAAUAAAAUUAAAAUUUAGGCAAGCCAGCAAUGCGAAGCUAAGGUAACCUAAAUGAUAUGAAUAUAUAUAUAUAUAAAAUAUAUAUAUGAAAGAAAAACAAAAUUGUGAUUUUCGGCCUUUUAUGCAAAAUUAAACUUUUAGGCAAACUUAUAAAACUAAAUUAGUAAUAAAUAAUAAUAAUAUAAAUAUUUAACAAUAUAAUAUAUAAAAAAAUUGGUGCGUAGCGAAAACGUAAUUAAAAGCAAAUGGCAAUUGCGUAAAAAAUUUUUAACAAACAUAUGGCGGCAUUACAAAUAUGAAAGCUUUAGGAAAACUUGAAUAUUUGCAAAAAAAAGUUAUGAAAGCUUUAGAAAAGCUUCAAGAUUUGCAAAACAACGUUAUGAAAUCUUUAGGAAAACUUCAAGAUUUCAAAAAAAAAAUAUUAUGAAAGUUUGAUUAAAGCUUCAAGAUUUGCAAAAAAAAGUUAUGAAAGCUUUAAGAAAGCUUCAGCAUUGGCGCACAAACGUUUUACAAGCUUCAGAAAAGCUUUUACGUUUGAUUUAAAAUUAUUUAAGCUUUAACAUUGGCGCACAAAAGUUUUAAAAGCUUUAGAAAAGCUUCUACAUUUGCUUAAAAAUUAUGAAAGCUCUCGAAAAAGCUUCCAUAUUUGCUUAAAAAUUAUGAAAGCUUAAGCAAAGCUUCCAUAUUGGCGCAUACAAGCAUUGAACUGCGAACGAGUCGUGACAGAAAGAUCUCAAAAUUAAGCAUAUUAAAAAAUUUCAAUAAUUUCAUGCGUAAAUAUAUACAUAUAUUUUUAUAUAAUUAGUGCGCAAUUUUUUUUUGUAUUUUGUUUUUUAAUUUAGAAAUGUGUAAGUGCGCCAAAAAAGUAGUUUUCGUCGUCUCUGCUAAAUACUUUAUAUUUUUUUAUUAAGUUUUUGCUAAAGAAAAUGUUUGUGUAUGCUAAAACAUUCCAUACAAUUAGCUUAUGUUUUCAAUUUGUCAAAAAAAAAAAAGUUCGUUUAAGAAAAAGCAACUGUUAUGUGCGCCAGCAAGACAAGUUGCAAGCAGCGGAUAUUUUUCUUAAUAUAAUAAAAAUUUUAAUUUUUUUUUGUUUACUCUUUUCAUGCCACGUAUUUUCUAUUUCUAUAUUUAUCAUGUGUUUAUAUUUACUUAUUUUUUGUAAUAAAAAAAAAUAUUUUAAAAAUUAGUACUUUUUGCUUACAAAAAAAAUUUCUAGCUAAUAAUAAGCAGCGAAAAUAUUAUUAUAUAUUUUAACCAUUUUUCUUGUGCUAUUUGCGUAAAAAAAAAACAAAAAAACAGUUCUUUGAUUAUUGUUAAAAAUUUUAAUUUUCAAAAAAAUCAAACUAAAAAUUCAAAAUUUUACCACACUAAAACACACACACAAACACACAUGUCCCCAAGAAACGUACACACACACUUUUCCCGGUAACACGCCUCACACAAACUACUUAUCUAUCUAUACAUACACAAACACCAACAACAAUCGCCACGAUGAAUUUGUAAUGUUAAUUAAUUAUUAAAUAAACCGUUAAUUUUAACAAAGCGUAUAAAACAAGAAGCGACUUAGCCAUAAGCCAUUGUUAUUUGAGUAAACGUUAAAUGAUUUAAAAAUCCAAAUGAAAUAAAAAUAAAAGAUAUCAAGAAAUGAAAACAAUAAAAAACAAAAACAAACAAUUUUUGGUUUUAUUCCUUAGUUGUAUGAAAAAACAAAAUUCGUUUUCAUU